AUGCUGCCUCCAGUAGACCUAGCUGUCUUCACCAACAAUCCCGGCUUUUCGAAACUCUACAAGACCGUCACUGGUGCCCUUCUGAACUCAGAUGGAUCAACCAAGGUAGACGAAGCCGCGAAGAAGCGCGAUGCAGUCCGCGAUGAGCUCAAAGCCCACCGCCUCAAGGCCACGAGGAUACACCUCCUGCGCCAGGCCAUCUCGACCGCAGUACCUGACACAACACCAUCUCAGCCCUCCAAGCAGCAGCAGCAGCAACAACACCGACGAACGAAGUCGAAACCCCAGCCACAAACCCAGCAGAGUCCACCACUACCACCCGAGAUCAUGGAUAUCCUCCUCCUGAUACCACCGUUCCUAUCCCACGCCUCGACCAUGACGCCCGCCGCCCUUACGCUCCUCCUCUCCAGACCGCCUUUCUCCGACCUAGCGACACACUUCCCACAGCUAAUCGAAGUCAUAUCCGGCCGCCUGACACGGCAAGCGAACUCCCUGGCGCGGGCACUUCGUCCAACAACCAACGCCUCAUACAUCCACCGUUCGAUCCCCCUACUACCCUCCACGACAAUAACCCUCCUCGACACCCUCGCAACCUCCAAGCAGACCCUCACGGCCGCCCGCCUAGCCGCCACCACGUCCCUGACAUCCUACCUCCGCCAGCACACGCAAGCCCUGACGCUCCUCCUGCGCGCCCUCGAAGUCAAACACGGCGCAGCGGCGCGGUCAUCCGAACUCCGCGCCGAAAACGCAUGCCUCGAGGCGCAGACCUGUGCCCUCGCCGUCGAGGCCCUGCUGUGGGAUGCGCGCAGCACCGUCUACCCGCCCGAAGCCCGCGUCGCGCUGGCGAACUACAGACGGCACCUGCGGGUCGCGCGCAUGCGGCUGGCCGACGGGUCGCGGGUGCGGGAGGCGGAACUGGCGGACUAUGGGGUGCCUGUGCGCAGCGACGAGAAGGAUGCUAGGCCGGGCAGGGGUAGGGGAGGAAAGGGGGACGAGGGCAAGGAGCGGACGAUGCGCGAGAUGGCGAGGGUGUGGAGGGAGAUGGAGACGAGGCUGGGGGAGGUCAGGGGUGAUUUGAACCGGCUGGGUUGA